AUGAAGAAGGUGGUACUGAAACUGGAAAUUCACGACGACAAGUGCAAGAGGAAAGCCAUGACCAGAGUCUCCGGCCUUGCGGGAGUUGAAUCAAUUGGCAUGAACGCAAAGGACAGCAAGUUGACGGUGAUAGGGGAUGUGGAUCCAGUCGUAGUGGCGGGCAAGCUGAGAAAGAUCUGCCGCGCAGAGAUCGUGUCUGUUGGACCGGCGAAAGAAGAGAAAAAGCUGCCGGCGUGGGCGAAGGAGGAUCCGAUUAAGAAAAAAGAUCCGAAGGAUGAGUACGGGCCUUGGUACGUGAAGACCUACGGGAGCCACCCGGCAACUAUCUAUUACCCACCGCCUCCAAGUUAUGACGGCUAUUACAGACCCGUAGAAGAGGAUCCGAAUGGCUGUGUUAUCUGCUGAAUCCGUAAUUCUCAGUUCUCCGACGAAGCAGAGCCGGGAGAAA